AUGAACUGGUCUGCCUUUGAACAACUCCUGGGUGGAGUGAACAAAUAUUCUACUGCCUUCGGACGCAUCUGGCUCUCCGUGGUCUUCAUCUUCCGAUUGCUCGUCUAUUUAGUGGCAGCUGAGAAAGUCUGGGGAGAUGACCACAAGGAGUUUGACUGCAACACAGAGCAGCCUGGCUGCCCCAACGUCUGUUAUGACCUUUAUUUUCCAAUCUCCCAUAUCCGCCUCUGGGCUCUGCAACUCAUCCUGGUGACCUGCCCUUCUUUGCUGGUCAUCAUGCAUGUUGCCUACCGAGAAGCAAAAUUCAAGAAACGUCUGGAGAAGUUUGGACCCGAGUGCAGACCACGCUACCCUCCAGGCAAGAAGCGUGGAGGCCUGUGGUGGACCUAUCUCUUCAGUCUCGUCUUCAAGGCCUCGGUGGACAUCAUAUUCCUCUACAUCUUUUACCACGUGUACCCAAACUACAGGCUUCCCAAUCUGGUGAAAUGCAACCUCCCUCCUUGCCCUAACGAAGUAGAUUGCUACAUAGCUAGGCCAACGGAGAAGAACAUCUUCACCCUGUUCAUGAUCAUCUCGGCCUGUGUUUGCGUGCUCCUCAGUCUUAUGGAAGCCUUCUAUCUCAUAGCAAAGAGGUGCAAGGAGACCCACCCAGACCAGAGUGGGAGUCACAGGAGAAACGAUGGUGAGAUGCUCAUUCUCAAGAGAGAUGCUUGCUCCCCACCGUCCAGUCACCAAGAUGCCAUUGAAAUGAGCCCUCAGGUCUUUCAUGGAGCAGACUACAAACCAGUCACCUCGCCCCUCAUAAAGAGCUCACAGGGUGUGGAUAUGGAUCCCUCUAAACAUGGGAAGCAAGGGUAA